GCUCUUUUUGCAGAAAACGAAACUCAGAAAUUUUCCUUUCUGAGUGAGUGUGUGAGUGCAGGAAAAUGGCAGAAGCCAGUAUUUCAGUAGAUCAGGAUCAAUUCAGCUGUCCAGUGUGUCUGGAUCUCCUGAAGGAUCCAGUGACUACUCCCUGUGGCCACAAUUUCUGUAAGGUGUGUAUUAAUGGCUUCUGGGAUAAAGAGGAUCUGAAGGACAUCUACAGCUGUCCCGAGUGUAGAGAGACUUUCACUCCAAGGCCUGUUCUACGCAGGAACAACAUGCUGGCUGAAAUGGUGGAAAAACAAAAUAAGACUGAACUCCAAGCUGCUUCUCCUGCUCACUGUUACACUGGACCUAAAGAUGUGGAGUGUGAUUCCUGCAUUGGGAGAAAACGUAAAGCCAUUAAUUCAUGUAUGGAGUGUCGGGCCUCCUAUUGUGAAGAUCAUCUUAGACCUCACUAUGAGUCUCCUGCUUUUAAGAAGCACAAGUUAGUUGAAGCCUGUGCAGAGCUCCAAGAGAAGAUCUGCUCUCAGCAUGACAACGUGAUCGAGAUCUACUGUCGUACUGACCAAAGCUUCAUCUGUUACUUGUGCACGAUGGAUGAACAUAAAGGUCAUGAUGCAGUUUCAACUAAAGCAGAAAGAACUGAAAAACAGAAUGAGGUAAAAGAGAAGCAGAUGAAAUCCCAGCAGAGGAUCCAGGAGAAGCAGAAGAAGGUGCAGGAGCUGAAACAGACUGUGGACACUAUUAAGAGGCGUUCACAGGCAGCAGUAGAUGAGAGUGAGAAGACCUUUACUGAGCUGAUCAGCUCCAUGGAGAAAAAGCGCUCGGAGGUGAAGGAGCUGAUCAGAGCUCAGGAGAAAGCUGAACUGAGUCGAGCUGAACGACUCCUGAAGCAACUGGAGCAGGAGAUUGCUGAUCUUAAGAGGAGAGUCACUAAGCUGGAGCAGCUUUCACGCACACACGAUCACAUCCACUUCCUCCAGAGUUUCCCGUCUCUCUGUGUUUCUCCUGGAUCUGAGGAUUCACCCAGCUUCACUGUCAGUCAACAUCUCUCAUUUGAUGGUGUGAGGAAAUCUCUCUCAGAUCUGAAAAAACGAGUCGAGGAAAUCUGUGAGGAGGAAUUCAACAAAAUCUGUCCACAAGCUGCAGCACUUCAGAUAUUACCUUCACAGCAGAAAAGCAGAAAGGAUUUUCUGCAGUAUUUCUGUUAUCUGACUCUGGAUCCCAACACAGCACAUCCUUCCCUUAUUCUGUCUGAGAAGAACAGAGCAGUGACACACAGUAGGACACAACAGCAAUGCCCUGAUCAUCCUGAGAGAUUUGACUACUGGCCUCAAAUGUUGUCUAGGGAGAGUGUGUGUGGACACUGUUACUGGGAAGUGGAGUGGAGCGGUUUUACUUUCAUAUCAGUCUCAUAUAAAGAGCUCAGCAGGAAAGGGCAGGGUAAUGAGUGUGUGUUUGGAUACAACAGUCAGUCCUGGAGUCUGGUGUGUUCUCCUUCCUCUGUCAUUUUCCGGCACAACAACAUUAAAACUGUACUCCCAGGUCCAGCAUCCUCCAGAUUAGGAGUGUAUGUGGAUCACAUUGUAGGAACUCUGUCCUUCUACAGCAUCUCUGGCACGAUGGAGCUCCUCCACAGAGCCCACACCACAUUCACUCAGCCUCUAUACGCUGGGUUCGGUGUAGGUAAUAACUCAACUGUGAGGUUGUGUGUUCCAAAAUGAAAUGUUAGUAAAAGGUUUUAGAAAAUAAAAUUUAAACUGAGGUGUCAGAUUUAAUUGGCACCCUGUCCAGGGUGUACCCCGGCUUGUGCCCGAUGCUCCCUGGGAUAGGCUCCAGGUUCCCCGUGACCCUGAAAAGGAUAAGUGGUAUAGAAGAUGGAUGGAUGGAUGGUAGAUUUAAUUUCACCCUGAGCUACAAUGCCACUUUAUAAACAUUAAUUAAAUAUUGUUAUUCUACCUUUCUUCUUUUUCUUCUUCUUCUUCUUCUUCUUCUUCCUCUUCUUCUGACAAGAUUGUCUAUGGCAGCCCAUAGAACCGUAUGGUAAAAUGUUGUGAAUUUCUGGACAGUGAUUGGGGAGGGUCUCAGGAACAUUCUGGCCAAAUGCUGUAGCAGCACCAUCAUGUCAAAUUUGGGCCUAAUAUGGAAGUACGUUUAUGGUCAUAACUUUUGAACCGUGUGUCCUAAAUUUAAAAGCCUGGGUUGACACGAGUUUAACGUACCCUAUGACUUUCCACCUAAUUAGAAUUUGGACGUUUUUACAUCUUGGAAAAACGUUUGUUUUGUUUUGUUUUUUUUUUGCUACUCCUCCUACACAUUUUGUACAUUCGUCACCAAAUUUUGCAGACAUGAUUUUCAGAGUAAGCCUCACAAAAGUUAUUAAAAUAAUCUUGAAUACUCCAAACAGUUUGUCCAUAAAGGGCCAACCAAUCUAACAGUGAAGCUGCCAAUUUUUAAUAAAAAAACAACAAACAAACACAAUACAAAUGCUGCCCAUUUGUUCAUCUAGAGCUUUCCUCCUACAAUCACAGAAUUCCACCACUGUUUGCAGUCAAAACAUACACGUCAUCAGUGAAACUACAAAUCGCUCUUGAAUCCCUUUGCCUAAAGUUAUGGCUCUGUUUUCCUGUGAUAACUUAGUCAACAAUUGUAGUAGGUCUGUGAAUGUCCGGCUCACCGAGUCUGGGUGCUUGGCCCCUGAAAAUGCUGCUUGCAGCUUUUAUUAUUAUUAUUAUUAUUAUUAUUACUUAACUGCAUCUUUUCUAUUGAUUAAUAAAUUACAUAAAUAAUAUCUUAUUGCAGACUGCAGAAUGUUUCUAGAAAAAAAAAUGUUAUCAAACAAACUAUUUAACUGUAUGCAUGGUUAGCAAAUGUAUUAUACUGGUAUGAAAAAUUUCUAAUGUCUCAAAAAUUCCGUUUUGGCUUUGGCAAAGACGGAUUCUUUUGAAAUAAUAAACUUUACUCAAACUCAAACUCAAAACUCAAAUCAAACAUAUUUUAUUUCUUUAAACAUUUUCCGGUGAAGCGUCUGGUUAUUAUACAGUGCACUCUUAAAGUGCAUCAAUCUGCAAAAAAUAAUACUCCAUUAUUAUAAAAAGCGUAAACAAAUUUCAUUUUACAUGAAAAAAAACCUGCCAAUAUCAAAUUUGCAUAAGAAUUCAGACCCUUUGCUAUGACACUCAAAACUGAGCUUAUUGUCAUUUUCAUUGACAAUCUUUGAGAUGCUUCUACAACUUGAUUUUAACAAAUCUAUUUAAAAAACCCACAACUGUUGGUGGCUACCAGCUGUGGGGCCAGUAGCUCAAAGUUGUCACGGUUUCCCCUUUAAGCAGCGUGCUGGAGAGCAUGUGGGCGCGCGUGGACGAGCAAGGUGUGCGAGCGCCCGCUCUUCGUAUGUUGACAACCGUGACAUGGUUUACUAUGGAUACGUGCUUUUGUUAUGUUUCUGUUAUGUCUCCUCCCUGGUCUGUCAUUGGCUAUUGUGUAAGCGUGUGUCUAGAUUGGUGUCAGCCGUCAGCACUUAACACGCUCAUUAUGUUUGUAUAUAUAUAGCGUGCCUCUCAGCACACGGCGUGGAGUAUUAGACUAGAUUAGUUUAGAUACGUUAUAGAUAAUUACGUUAGAUAUAGAGUCUUAGUCACAGUCUCUGUCCAUGUUAUGUUUCAUUGUUAGACUAGUGCAUCUAGUCCAUGCUGGUUUUUCCGCUCCCAGUUCCUAGUCAUAGUUUAUGUUUCUUGUUUUGUAUCUUGACCCUGUUUUCUGUGACCGCGACCUUGAUUCCUGCUUUGCGCCGUUUAUGCCUGUUUGCCGAUCGCCUGACCUUUUGCAUGUUUUCGUACUACGUUUUUAGAUUACGAUCUGGAUUUAUCUGCCUGUGUCUCCCUCAGUAAAACUGUUAACUGCACUUGCAUCCAUCCUAAUCUCCCUUACGUCUCGAGACGUGACAAAAGUUACUGUCUAUAGAACUUGGAGUCAGGAUUGCGUUGAUAACUUGGCACAAUGAACUCGUGUAAACACUUCUGGUGUUAUGCAUGUAAUUGCAUGUCCAUCGCAGUCUUGCAACAGCUUCCAGAUUCAGCCAUGAGAAUGAUUUCAAUGCGUUCUACUUUUAUCAAAGAUGUUUUUAAAGGCUGUCAGGAAAAAAAGAGAGACUCUGCCUCUCUAAGAUACUCUUUUUUCAUCUUGUUACUGACCUGUUGCUAUUAACCUAAUUAGUUUCUAAAUUUUCCUCUAGCUGUUUCAUUUUAGUAACACUUACUUUUCCAUCCCAACCUUUUUGAAAUGUGUUUCUGCCAUCAAAUUCAAAAUUAGCUUAAUUUUUUCCCCUUAAAAUGGUGCAUUUCCUCAGUUCAAACAUUUGAUAUGUUUUCUAUGUUCUAUUGUGAAUAACAUGGGUUUAUGAGAUUUGCAAAUCAUUGCAUUCUGUUUUUAGUUACAUUUUACACAGUGUCCCAGCUUUUUUGGAAUUGGGGUUGUAUUGCAGGGUGCUCAUUCACACCUGAUGGUCAGCCCAUUGAUGGUAAACACCUGACUCUAAUUUCACCUUCAAUUAACAGCUAAUCCUAGAGUUUCACAUACUUUUGCAACUCACAGAUCUGUAAGAUUGGGUUAUUUUCGUCAAUAAAUAAACGAACAAGUAUAAUAUUUCUUGUCCCAUUUGUUUAAUUGGUUUAAUAGUUCUCUUUGUCUACUUUUAGGACUUGUGUGAAAAUCUGAAGAUGUUUUAGGUCAUAUUCAUGCAGAAAUAUAAAAAAUUCUAAAGGGUUCACAAACUUUCAAGCACCACUGCACAGUAUAUGAUCAUAUUAGCAAAGAUAUUUAUAACAAUUCAGAAUUCAAUUAAUGAGAAUUUGUAAAUCACAGAGAAUCACAUUUACACAAAAGAAUUCUCUACACGUAUUCUUUAAAAC